GUCAUUUAGUGAUAGAUGUACGUACAGUGAGAAACUGGAAAAAUAAAUACAAAUAACAAUUAAAACUAUUUGCAAAAUAAACUUGUCAGUCAUAUCUCCACAAGUUUAAUCAGUGGUGCGCAAUAUACAAUUGUAACGCUAUAGUAUGCCUCUUAGACCAUCGGUUGUUUUCCGUGGGAGUUUACUGGCCACCACAGGAAGACGCAAUGAAUCUAAAAGUCUCGAUUGUCAUCAAAAGUUUCUUCCACUGGAAAUUCGGGGAUUGAAUGACCUUAAGCUCAGAGACAACAGACAUAUAUUUUUCAAAGAAAAACCAGUCAUUUUGCACGAAAAGUUCCGCGAUUUUAUCGAUUGGACAAAUAUUUGGCCAGCUGCUGCUACAUUCCACCACUCUCUUGUUCCUUUUCGAGUUCGUCAAGGAUAUUGUAAAAAUUUGUCAGAAAACGAAGGUUUUCCUCCUGAAAAGUACGCAAAUGCCGAACUAAUGAAAAUUCCCAACUUUUUACAUCUCACUCCCUCACACAUUAAAAAGCAUUGUGAUGCCUUAAAAAAAUUUUGCACCUUAUGGCCUUCUGGUUUGAAUUCGAAUGAAACUGUUGAAAAACAUUACCCUGUUCUAAUAGUUAACCGCUCCUACGUAUUUGCCUCUUCAAAUAUACGUGACCCUCGUUCCCGUUUUGUAACUCUUCAGAUACGCCUUUCUAACCUUUCGUUGGACGAACAUGCUAGAAGAAAGCUUUUACGGCUUGCGAUAGGUCCUGGUCCAGGUCGCAAUAUUGCAACAUAUGACUGGAAUACAGAUAUCUUAGAGUUAACCUCAGCGAGGUGUCCAACAUCAAAGCAGAACUCUGACUUUUUAAUAUACUUGUUGACAGUUCUUACUAUGGAAUCAAAAAAAACUGAAAAAUGGGAAAUAGAUAAUCCGGAAUAUGAUUGGGUACAAUUUGAUUGGGAUAAAAGUGAAACACGCCGUCGUCUUUUCAACUUACUUUCAUUGUGCGAUAGUGAACAAGUUAUCAGAAAUAAUCAAAUAAAAGAAAGGGAAUUCACAGCCGAACUUGAAUCUAAUCCUGCAAUUGUACAGUAUCGAAAAGCAUUAAAAUCUAUAUGGUCUAAAAACGAUAUACUCAAUGGUGACCAAUGGGUUAAACGACCUGAUCCACCUAAAUAUCGACAUGGUCGUCUUCGACCUAUUCGAAAUAUACCAUUCGUGACGGUACCGGGUGCAGAUGAAAAAAAUAAUUUGGAAGAAUACGCUUCAGCAACACGAAAUCUAUUUGGAUUAGAUACUGAAAUACAACAGUCAAAUUUGUAGAUAGAUACUUUAAAAAUAAUUCAUCUUUGAUCAAAUUAUUUGUACAUUUAUGCGUUUGAACAUUUAACCAUUCUUUUCUUGAACACUUUAAAAUCGAUAUGUACAAUGCCUUAUUCGCGUGCUAUUAGAAUUAUGGAAGCGAUUGUCCCUUUUCGGCCUCUCAUAUUGUGGGAAGAUGUUUCUUGAGGUUACUACGAAACCCAAAGAACAAACACUUUAGGUCGGUCAUAGAAGACCCUUUUAUGAGUUGUUUUGAAUGUGUUAACUCCAUAUUUUUUUAAUAUAUCGUAUCACCCAAAUAUCACGUGACAAAAUCGCUAUUCAAAACACUUGCUUCUAUGACCCUGUUCCUGUGCUUAACUAAUGACACAUCAUAAAGCAUAAAUACCUUUCGGUCUGUAGAAUAUCUGUAUUUUUGAUAUGAUGGGGAAAAAAUUAAACCUGAUCGUUAGGCGUUAAUACCAUUGAAAAGAGAUGAUGAUCUUUAGUUAUCAUGUUUUUCAAUCAUCUAUUUGUUAAAUUGUGUCUGAUGCUUCCUACAUAAGCGUGCUAUUCUGUUGAAAAACAACUGGACCUUCUCGCCAUCGGUAUUGUCUUUGGUGUCAGUUCACUUAAGGGCUUGAAUGAAUUGUUCCGUCUCGUGAGUAGCCAUCACUCAGUCAACGUAUCACUCCAUUUCACCUAUCGAUCAAUAUUGGGUUUUAUUCGUUUUAAUAACCCCAACCCCGCUUAUCAAAUUAUACAAUAAACAGGUAAAUUAUGGGACACCUAAUAUAGUGUUGUUCAUUUCGACUACUGUUGGCUAAUUAAUGUUGUACAAUAUGUCUUUGCGUGUUUCACUUCAUACAAUAUUCAAUACGAUCAUAGAAAAAGAUUGAAUUGUCAUCAUUUAAAAUCAUUUUUGCAAUCGACCUGUUUCAUAUGGGUAGAUUGAUACUUCAGUCAGUCAGUCAGCUACAACG